AUGGCACUGGGAGAGAGGGCAAUGGAGAGGCUGCGGGCUGACUUGCUGAGCCGUGCCCGCAGAGAUCGCCAGGACGCAGGGCAAGAGAUGACCGAGGCGGGCGAGGCCACACGGGCGCGAGCCGGGAGCGAGGGCCAGAGAUCACGGAGCCAUCUCCCCAGGUUAAACACCCUCCGAGUCUUUGGCCGCGGCCACGGCGGCAGCGAGACGCCCAAGUCACCCGAGCCCGAGUCGAACCCGACCAUGCCCCUCUACAACUACGACGCCGCUGGGCCAAGUCCGCAACCUCAUCCCCUCCCAUCUCCCACCUCGGCGGCGCCUCUCCUCCCGCAGAGCCGCAUGCCGCUCCCGCCAGAGCCCGUGGCGACCAGCCCGAACGCAAGGAGCCAGCGAAGCCCGACUCCGCCGAUCCAGAUGACGGGCGCGUUCCCCGUCCCCGACUCGACGACCUACGGCCCCACGGAUACGGCCAGCGGCGGAAGCCCGGCCCGCGGGGCGGACACGUCCGACGAUGACGACGAGAGCGGGAGACCGCACCCGAAGCGGUUCCUCUUUUGCUUCCCGUGGGUCAAGUCCAGGAGGAUGCGGUCCCAGAUCCUGACUUGCUUCGUCUCGGGCAUGUUUCUUCUCAUGCUCCUGGCAAUCUACCUGGGACUCACCCUCACCAAAAACAUCCGCCAGGGCGAGCUGACCAUCAUGAUAAUCCUCGUGAUCCUGACGGCCGCCGCCUUCUUCGCCUAUAGCUUCGUGCGGCUGCUGCUGCUCGUGUUCCAGCCGGACCGCAAGAACAGGCGCCGCCGCCGAGGCCAGGUGCCGGAUCUCAUGGCCCAAGGCGGCUACGUGGUCCCGCCAAAACCCAUCCCGGUCCUGCUGGCUCGGGACGAAGAAGUGGCGGGAGCCCAGAGCGAGGCGUCCAAGUUGAAACCGCCGGCGUAUGGCCUGUGGAGAGAGAGCGUGCGCGUGGACCCGGACCGCCUAUUCUGGCAACGCAAUGCUGAUGCGAAUCCAAAUUCCGGGCGCCCUGAGACACGGAGCGGUCCGCGGCCGCCGUCAUAUGCUUCUGAUGACGGCGUGUCCUACAUGAUGGACGUGCGACCGCGGUCUAUAGCUCCUCCACCGAGCAGCUCAUCGAUCUAUUCGUCCGACUUUGUUCGAUCCGCAACAGCGAGCCAGACGCACGUCGAGAACUGGCCGGGAGCGCCUCGUCGAUGA